GGAGAAGGAGGAGGAAGAGGAGGAGGAGGAAGAGGAAGCAGCCAUGGAGAGCAGCAUGAAGCAGGUGGUGGUUGAAGAGCCACUGGAUCCGGAGAAGGGCUGCUGCAAGCUGGGCUGCUGCUGCAAGCUGGGCUGCUGCUGCAAGCCCUGCAUCACUUGCUGCUCCAAAUGUUGCCUACCCCGGUGCUGCAAAUGCCCCAGCUGCCCCGGCUGCGGCUGCAUCAAGCGGUCCCUCUGCUUCGUGCCUCGCCUGCUCUGCUACCUGCCCCGCAAGCUCCUCAGCUGCCACCACCUCAAGUGUCUCCUCAUCGUGGUGGUGGUGGUGGUCUUGCUGGUGGUCAUCAUCGCCGGCGCCCUGCUGAUGUGGCUGCGCGCGGAGCAGCGGCACGCCGACGCCGUUCUGCAGAUGGGAUUGUGGAGAGAACCGGCCUGGGAAGAGGAUGCUGCCACUUUCUACCUGGAUGCCGGGGAUGGAAACCUGGCCAUGGUCAUCUACGAUUACAAGAAUCUGCUGGUGAGCUACAGAUCCCAGCUCCACCGCGCCUGCUACAUCACCCGCGUGGACAAGGACAACAUCCCAGGGCUGGACACGGUCACCGAGACCUUCCAGCACCGGCAGGCUGAGAAGAGGCUCGCCGUGCCCCUGGCUGAUCGCUCCCUCCUGGGCAUCACGGCGAGCAUCCUCUGCAGUGUCGUCCCCGUCUACUGGGCUUAACUUUGCUGGGCAUCCCCCCGACCGACACGGCCUCGCCGGAGCCCCCUCCAUCCCCCCGGGAGCAUCACCCACACCUCCACAGCUGCCCCUCCCCAGUACCCCCCAUCACCCACCCCAAUUUCGGGAGGUGCCGGGGUCCACACGAUGCCGUGGGGCCAAGGAGGAGGUUGGAGGGGUGUUGGGGGGGCCCCACUUCACCGUGGGGUGCCGUAUCCCUGCUGUAGCCACGGUGCUGGGGGGGGGGGGGGGGCGGGCUGAAGGCGGUUGGUGGGUGUCUGCUUGGGCGAGCGCCGCGCCGGGGGACAGCUGGUUUGUCACUUAAGUCUUCUCAGCUUCGCCAAACCCAAGUGCAAAAAUGAGCUUAAAAAAACAUGACAUUUAAAGAAACAAAA